AUGGUGAAUACUCGAUCAGAAACCAACCGAGUGCCUCGGGAUGACCGAAAUGCCCGAGACGAAGGAAACUCCAACGAUCCCCAAUUCGCUCUCCUGAAUGAAAGAAUGGAGCAGAUGGCCAAGAGCAUCGAGGAUUUGGCCACCAUGAAAGCUGUCCUUCAGGCCCGGGUUCCAGAACUUCACCGAACUAUCACUGACCCAGGAAAUCGAGAGGAAGGCAGCCGGGUCGAAGGAACAGAGGAGCCGAACAAAGAAGAAGAAGUCCCAGGAAAUCCUCCACCUGUUCAACCCGAGGCAGCAAGAGCGGUAGAAGGCAUGAUUGCCCGGUUGGAACAAAGAUGCAAUGUUCUAACCGCAGCUAUUCAACGGAACGAUAAGGGAAAAGCUUCCCUGGUGGAAAACCUUCUACAGAAGACCACCUCCCCAUUCACCGAGGAGGUGGCAAAUAUUUGCCUUCCUGAGAAGUUCAAAGUCCCAGAGAUCCCGUUUUAUACGGGACUUGAAGAUCCCGUGGAGCACCUAGAUAAUUUCAGAGCCCACAUGGAUCUCCAUCGAACACCCGAGAUGGUGGCCUGCCGAGCCUUCCCUUUGACCCUCUCGGGCAAUGCCCGUGACUGGUUCAGGAGCCUCCAGCCAAAUUCCAUUCGUCAUUUCGAGGACCUCGGCAGGAUGUUCCUGACGCAGUUCAUGGCCGGCAGAAUCAGAAGAAAGCCGUCGGGAUCCUUAAUGUCAUUGCACCAAGGACCCGAGGAAUCCCUCAAAGAUUUCUUUAUGAGGUUCAACCAGGCUAGACUUGAAGCUGAAGCAGCAACAGAUGAUUUCAUCUACGGAGCUCUCUUUCAGGGAAUCCGAAAAGAUGGAGCACUAAUGGCUGAUAUAGCCAGGAAGCCCCCUCAGAAUUUAGAUGGCUUUAUGAGUAAAGCCGAGAAGUACAUUAACCAGGAGGAGACACUCCGAGCUCUGUUGGGACCCGAGACUACUCGUCCAUCCACUUCCGGGAACCCAAAAAAGAAGAAUCCUCGGAAGGAAGAACGGAAGCGGGUUCCAGAAGAAGAGGCCAGGCCGAAGCGGGAUCAAGAGUCCCUAAGGGGUCACAACUGGACACCCCUCAAUGCACCCAUUAUGGAUGUUCUCCUGGAAAUAAAGCGAGACCCGACGUACCGGAAGCCCAGACCGGUGCUCGCAAAUCCUCAUUCACGAUACGCUGAUCAGUACUGUGCGUUUCAUGACACCACCGGGCAUCGUACAGAAGCCUGCAUAUCCUUGAGACUCUUGAUUGAACGUUUCAUAGAAAAUGGAAAACUUGUCCGUUUCCUCGCAGAUCAGAGAAUUCAGCAGAAUCCGGAGCACGGCAACCGCCACCAUCAGAAUCGGCACCAUCAGGAUCAAAACAAUCCCCGGGAUGAUCGGGGAAGAAAUCAAGAAAGAGGAAGGGAACCAGAACGCAGGCCAGAUCCUCGGGCUGCACGAGAAAGAAGUAGGAGCCGAGCCAGACCAGAACGGCAGGAGAACCUUCUGGAAAUACAGACGAUUUCGGGGGGUUUCGGAGGAGGCGGAGAAUCUAGCUCGGCGCGGAAGGCAUAUGCAAGACAGUUACGGGAUUUCGAGGUAUACUCGGUGCAGAAACCUCCAAAGUCCCAAAAACGAGACGCACAAAUGAUCGGGUUCUCGGACGAUGAUUACGCAGGGGUAUCACUCCCGCAUACCGACGCUCUGGUACUGAGUCUGGCCAUAGCCAACCACAAAAUACACCGCGUCUUGGUUGACACAGGAAGCUCGGCUGACAUCCUUUACAGGUCAGCCUUCGAGCGGAUGAAGAUCGAUAGAAGUAAGGUGAUCCCGGCAAGAUAUUCGCUUGUGGGAUUUACAGGAGAGCAAGUACUCCCACACGGGUCCAUUGAGCUUCCGGUCACAGCAGGGAUGUACCCGAGGCAGAGGACGGUGAUGGUUCGGUUCUUAAUAAUCGACCGACCGUCGGCCUACAACGUUAUUCUCGGGAGAACAGCUCUCAACGAAUUUAGGGCUGUGACCUCAACUCCUCACCUGAGCAUGAAAUUCCCCACCGAAGAAGGCGUCGGUGUCGAAAAAGGAGACCAGAGGAUGGCCCGAGAAUGUUACAAUACAAAAUACGAGCUCGGUGACUCGAAGAAGAAGGUCUGUAUCGGCGCGCAGCUUCCCCCUGAAAUGAAGGAAGCCCUGGUUGCAUUCCUUAGAAAAAACAAAGAUGUAUUCGCAUGGAGCCACGAGGACAUGCCGGGAAUACCCCCAUCUGUAAUAGCCCACAAGCUAAUGGUGGAUCCAAGCUAUCGACCGGUUAAACAACGAAGAAGGACUUUCGCACCGGAACGGAACCAGGCCAUUGCCGAGGAAGUAAACAAACUGUUGCGGGCUGGGUUCAUCCGAGAAGUAGACUACCCAGAGUGGUUGGCCAACGUGGUUUUAGUCAAAAAAGCCACCGGGAAGUGGAGAAUGUGUGUUGACUUCACCGAUCUCAACAAAGCAUGUCCCAAGGAUAGUUUCCCGUUACCUCGGAUCGAUCUGCUUGUAGACUCUACAUCCGGUCAUGAACUUUUAGCAUUCAUGGACGCCUUCUCAGGGUACAACCAAAUUCACAUGGAUGAAGCCGACCAAGAAAAAACGUCGUUCAUUACCGAUAGAGGUCUCUACUGUUACAAAAUGAUGCCGUUCGGUCUAAAGAACGCCGGGGCUACAUACCAGAGGCUCGUCAAUAAAAUGUUCCGAAAUCAAAUCGGACGAAACGUGGAAGUCUAUGUUGACGACAUGCUUGUCAAGAGCAUACGAGCCGCCGGCCAUAUAGCCGACCUGGGAGAAACUUUCGAAACACUAAGGAGUCAUAAGAUGAAGCUCAACCCGGCCAAAUGUGCUUUCGGCAUUUCCUCAGGAAAAUUCUUGGGAUUCAUGGUUUCACAAAGAGGAAUCGAGGCGAAUCCCGAGAAGGUGAGUGCUGUCCUCAGCAUGCAACCUCCCCGGACCACCAAGCAAUUACAACAGCUGACCGGGAGAAUAGCAGCCCUUAACCGGUUCAUCUCCCGAUCCACCGACAAAUGUCUCCCAUUCUUCAAGAUUUUGAGAAAGGCCUUCGUGUGGAGCAGUGAGUGCGAGGAAGCCUUCAAGAAGUUAAAAGAAUAUCUGACCAACCCGCCGCUGUUGAGCAGCCCCGAGGAAGGAGAAAUCCUGUAUCUUUAUCUCGCAGUAUCACCCUCGGCAGUCAGUUCAGCUUUGGUCCGAGAAGACUCAGGCAUUCAGAAACCGGUUUAUUUCACUAGUAAAGCACUCCACGGAGCCGAGGAGAGGUACCCUCGGAUUGAAAAAUUGGCCUUCGCGUUAAUAAUCUCGGCCCGGAGAUUAAGGCCAUAUUUCCAGGCACACGCUAUACGAGUGUUAACCGAGCAUCCGCUGAAGAAGAUACUACAAAAACCGGAUCUAUCCGGGAGGCUGGUAAAUUGGUCGGUAGAACUGGGGCAGUUUGACAUAGAGUUCCACCCUCGUACUUCUGUCAAGGGUCAGGCGCUAGCCGAUUUCCUACUAGAAUUUAGCAAUACGCCCGAAAGCGAAGAGCUGCCCGAGAAGGAAACAUGGGUAGCAUAUGUAGAUGGUUCUUCGGCCAACCAGAAGAGCGGAGUCGGUGUCACUUUAGCAAGCCCGGAUGGAGAAACUUUUCAAUAUGCGAUCAAACUGGAUUUUGUGACCACCAAUAAUGAAGCCGAGUAUGAAGCACUUUUGUCCGGGCUUUCAAUAGCUCGGGAAAUGGGAGCAAGGAAUGUGGAGAUCAGAAGCGACUCUCAGGUGGUAGUCAGCCAUGUGCAGGGAACGGCCGAGGCACAAGGUGAAAAGAUGAUCCAAUACCUCGAAAAGGUACGCAAAUGCCAAUCUAACUUUCACAGAACCGCCGUAACCAAAGUUCCUCGGGAAGAGAAUGCCCGAGCCGAUGCUCUUUCCAAAAUGGGUUCCGGUACCGGGCCUGUCGUCAGAACAUCCACACGGGGGGUGGUGACACAGACCAAGCCUUCAAUCCUUCCACAACUCGACAUGAUGGAAAUUGAAGAAGGAUCAGAUGAACCAGAAUGGGCUACUGACGUCAUUCAAUACCUCCGCAACGGUUCCCUACCCGAGGAAAAGCUGCGAGCUCGGAAGGUAAAAAUACAUUCAGCCCGGUACGUGCUUAUUGGAGGUGUGCUCUAUCGAAGAGGAUAUACUGAGCCACUCUUGAAGUGUCUUAAAAGUUCCGAGGCGGAAUACAUAUUAAAGGAGAUACACGAAGGAGUCUGCGGGAACCACUCUGGCUCUCGGAUGUUGGCUCACAAAGCGAUGAGAGCCGGAUACUACUGGCCAACAAUGAGCAAGGAUUCAGUCGAAAUCGUUCGAAAGUGCGACAAAUGUCAGAGGUUCGCCCGGGUGAUGAAGCAACCCCCUGAAAAACUAAGCCCAAUCACUUCGUCGUGGCCAUUCGCAAAAUGGGGGGUCGACAUAGUCGGGCCUAUGCCUCCGGGAAAAGGUGGCCGGAAAUUCCUUCUUGUCGCGGUAGACUACUUCACCAAGUGGGCUGAAGCCGAGGCACUCGCCACUAUCACUACCGCCAACGCAGUAAAAUUUCUCUGGAAUUCAAUCAUAUGUCGAUUCGGUAUCCCGCACGCUUUUGUCACCGACAAUGGAAAACAGUUUGACUGUGGACCGUUUCGAAAAUGGUGCGCCGAACUCCGUAUCAGAAAUUAUUACUCAACCCCGAUAUAUCCACCGGCGAACGGACAAGUAGAAGCUACGAACAAGACUCUUCUCCGAACACUAAAGAAGAAGCUCGGCAAAAAGAAAGGAGCUUGGGCGGAAUAUGUACCCGAGGUACUUUGGGCCUACCGCACCACGACGCGCACUCCCACCGGGGCUACUCCAUUCUCCUUAACUUACGGUUCCGAGGCAAUUAUUCCUGCCGAAGUCGGAUCACCCAGCUUCCGGGUAUCACACUACAAUCCGGGGCUCAAUGACGAAGGAAUCAAGCUGAAUCUGGAUUUGCUACAGGAAAGAAGAGAUGAAGCGCAGGUGACAUGGGCUGCGUACCAAGACCGAGCCGCCCGUUACUUCAACAAAAAAGUAAGCCCCCGAAAGUUCCAACUCGGAGAUUGGGUUUUGAGAAAAGUGAGCCCGAUUACCAAAGAUCCAAUCGAAGGAAAGCUCGGAGCAAAAUGGGAAGGUCCGUACAGAGUCAUACGAUGCCAUGACAAAGGGGCAUAUCAUUUGAUGGAUGCGACCGGCGAGGAAUUACCGAGAGCCUGGAACGCCGAGCAUUUAAAGAAGUAUUUUAUGUGA